AGGAAAAAAAAACAUUGAACGACCGUACUGUAUAUAAGAGGCUACAGUUUCACGUCAGGUCACUGUAACAUCAGAUUCAGACGUUUAAACUCCUCAAAAGACAAAAAGAGGACAAGCUUCCAAACUGAGAUGGACCCACGAGUCAUGAAGUGGAAAUUAUUUGCUGUCAGUGUGCUGCUGCUCACACUGUACCACAGCCACGCUGCUGCUUUCAGCCUGAAGGAGGAUCUGGCUCAUUGCCUGGAGGACAAAGACUACAAGGUGUUGCUGGAGACUGUGCAGACUGGCCUCCCACCCAUUAACAAGUCCUAUCAUGUUGUUAUUGUCGGAGCUGGCAUGGCUGGACUCACAGCUGCAAAGUUACUGCAAGAUGCAGGACACAAGGUAACCAUAGUAGAGGCAAGUGGGCGCGUGGGAGGACGAGUGGAGACCUACAGGAAUAAAAAAGAUGGCUGGUACGCUGAACUGGGAGCAAUGAGGAUCCCAGAGACUCACGAAAUUGUCCGCUGGUUUAUUCAUAAACUGGGGCUCAAGCUGAAUGAAUUCAAGAUGUAUGACCCCAACACCUUUUACCUGAUCCAUGGUCUGCUGAAACGGACGUACGCAGUGGAAGCAAACCCUGAUAUCCUGGGAUAUAAUGUGACGAAAAGCGAGAGGAAGAAGUUGGCCAGCAAGUUGUUUCAGCAGGCUUUGAAGAAGGUGGAAGAUGAAGUGAAGGCACACGGCUGCAAAGCUGCACUUAAGAAAUAUGACCACUAUUCUGUUAAGGAAUAUCUGAAAACAGAAGGUGGUUUGAGUCCAGAAGCUGUGACGAUGAUUGGAGACUUGCUCAAUGAACAAAGCCUCAUGCACCUGGCUCUAACUGAGAUGAUCUACAUCAACAGCGACGUCAGCGACGAAACAAAGUACGAUGAAAUAACUGGUGGGUCGGAUCUUCUCCCCAAAGCUUUUCUUAGUGUACUUGAUGGGCCGAUCCUUCUCAACUCAAAGGUCAAAUGCAUCGUCCGGACAGAUAAGGGUGUUAGUGUAUGGUAUGAGACAGACCAACAGUCCGCUUUAACGGAGCUUGUGGCCGAUGUCGUCCUCGUAACAACCACAGCCAAAGCAGCACUCUUCAUAGACUUUGAUCCACCUCUCUCCACCAGAAAGAUGGAGGUCCUGAGGGGGGUGCAUUAUGAAAGCUCCACUAAAAUCAUCCUCACCUUCAAGAGGAAGUUCUGGGAGGACGACGGCAUCCAUGGAGGAAAGAGCAUCACCGACAGGCCUUCGCGUUUCAUCUACUACCCCAGCCACAGUUUCCCAGAAAAUAGCACCAUCGGUGUCCUCCUGGCUUCCUACACCUGGUCCGACGACUCCCUCCUCUUCCAAGGAGCGAGUGAUGAAGACCUGAAGGAGCUGGCUCUGAGAGAUUUGACCAAGAUCCAUGGCGAACAUGUCAGGGCUCUCUGCACAGGAGUGGUGGUGAAGAGGUGGAGCUCAGAUCCCUACAGUUUGGGCGCCUUCGCUCUCUUUACUCCCUACCAACAUUUAGAGUACGCCAAGGAGCUCUUCAGACAUGAGGGCAGGGUGCACUUUGCUGGUGAACACACAGCCUUCCCUCACGCCUGGAUCGAGACAUCAAUGAAAUCAGCCAUCAGGGCCGCGACAAACAUUAACAAAGCGGCUCACAAAGAAUCAGCCAGAGCUCAACACCGAGACGAGCUCUAGGGUAUUAAAUCUGCUUUGAAGGGAAAUCAGUAUUAUCUCAUUAGAAGAUCAUGCGCAAAAAUGUACAUGGAAGUGUAAUGCUUCUUGAUUGCAUUUUCUUAAGGCUGCACCCAACAAUUAUUUUUAUUUUUGAUUAAUUUAUAGAUAAUUUUCUCAAUUUAUUGUUGUUCAGCCAAUCAAAUGUCAAGUAGUUAAAGAAAUGGUUAUCAUGACUUUACAAUGCCCAAAAUAACUUAUUUUGUUAAUUGGUAAAAAUUGUCUCACCACCAGUCCAAAGUGCAACAAUAUUUAUUACUAUCAUCUGUGACUAAAAAGCUACACAUCCGUCACAUCUGAUCAAAUCACUGCCGCAGUUACCAAAAUAGUAAUAUGUGUACAACUAACACUCACCCAAGCUUCAUGCUGUGGAGCUAUGGUCACUUUUAUGUGAUCAAAUACAGGCUUAUCAUAAAGUGUAAUUUUUUACAAAACCAAACCACAACCCAUGGCUCCCAUUUGGAAAUAUUUUACUUCAUGUUAAGCAAUUGUACAGUACAUAGCAAUAAGCAGUCAAUGAACAAUGGACAGCACUGAGAAAUGGUGAAUACAGAAGCUCCAUUCUCCCUGUUACAAGUCACUAAACCACAUCACACUGAUUGUGAAGCUGAGAUUUUCAGAUGAAAAAGUUACAGCAUGUUGCCUUAAAUUCGAGGGUUGAAUCAUUAAUUUGUAUGAUUUGUUAGCAAAAAUUGUUAUUCGUGUGCACAAUUUAAUUUGAGAACAUGAACGUGUGUGAUUGAGUUCAAAGUUUAAAUUUGAUCCCGCUGCACAAACUGUAUCACAAAUAGAACAAAACAAAAAAAAUAUUCUAAUUUGUUGUCUGAAGUUCUGUUUUUUAGUAAAAUGUUCAACUAAUUUAAUAGAGAUAUCCCCAAAUUCAGUAGUCAUUGACCUUUACCCAUUGCUGCAGUGGCAACAGAACAGCUUUCCUGCUCUGUGUAGAAACAGCAGAGGUAAGACCAGACUGCUGGGCAGAGUCAUCCAGUUUGCAAUUAUCAGCACCAGACACCCAGCACUGUAUCCCAGCAGCUGUGAGUUUUCGACAGCAAGACAAACCAGGAAUCCCACAAAAUACAACCACAGCACUCCCAUAAUGGCUGUAAUGGUGCAGAAAGCCCUCUGCUUUGAUUGGUCAACCCGCUCCCUGUCCCCACUCGUUUCCCCCGGCCCUGGACGAAUCAGAACACGGAGAACAAAAACACUGCAGAAAGAGACGACAACUAAGGAGAAGACCAACACACAGAAAAAUGGGAUAUAGGGAAGAGAAGGGCUGAACAGAGCUGUUACACCAAUCCAUCCCAUGGACAGCAGCCAAACACACCCAAUGCUGAUAUUUCUGAUCUUGACCCCAGCUGCCUGUCUCAGUCCCAUGUAGGUGACGGGGUGCACAACAGCCAGGUAUCGCUCCACACAGGUCAGGAGGUGAAGGCAUAUCUCUCCAGGGAAGACAAGAGCAGAAACAUAAAACCCUGCUUUAGUCAUCCAUAAGAGACCAGUGAAUGAGCCACAAAAGUAAAGGGCAAUCGCCAACACAAAGACCAGCUCAAUGGCAGCCAGGUGGUAGGUGAAGAUGUCAGAGUGGCUUGUUGCUGCAGAGGAAGGCUGCCGCCGCCAUCGCUGGUGACCUAUGUAGAGGAUGAAGAUGAGGAGGGGGAAGAGGAGGGAGAAUUUUGUGACCAGGAAGGCAACGGAGAUGAAAUAUCCAGAGUCCUUGCAGUGGAAAUCUAACAGGGCAGAGGAAGAGGAGUUGACUGACAUGUUGGUUUCUGUGGUAAUGCUUCAGGGGAGAAAAGAGAGAAAAGAGGAACAAAUAUAAAUGAAGUAUAAUAACAGUGUGUCCAUACUGAUAACAAGUUAACCUGAUUUACAGCUACAACACAGAGCUUAAGAAUUACGUAUUCAGCUACAUCACACUUUCUAUCUGUAACAACAGAUUUAUUUGCUUGAGUAUUGUGAUGUAAAUACUGUCCUGUUCUUAAAAAUGUUUCGAAGGUAGACCUCAAUAACCUCAAUAGAUCUUCUGAAGUAUGAGUAAAGGUUUGAGUAUAGGCAGGAAAGCAGUGUAAUAGUUUGAAGUUGACCAAGUAUACUGUUCUGGUUUGUCCUCAGAUAGAUUCAGGUACCAGUGGAAAAUGGUAAUAACCAGAGAAAGUCAAGUAUUUAAAAUCUGAACUGAAAACCAUGAUGUGAUUAAAGGACACCCACCUUGUCA